UAUCGGCCACCGUCGGCGCCUGGUUUGUUUAGCCGGAAGUAUCUUUUCAGACGUUAGCAAAGAAGCUUGCUCGGUUAGCCCGGGUUUUACUCUAACAUGGCCGCGUAUUCUAACGUAAAAUCAACCAAACUCGUCCUGAAAGGUCUGAAGGAUAAAAACAAAAAGAAGAAGAACAAGGACAAGAAAAGAAAACGCGGUGAUGAAGAGGAGAAAGUCGAUAUCGUCGGCGGCUGGUGGGUUGUUCAUAAUCUGGGUGAAAUCAGUGGGAUGGUGGCGAUUGAGAUGAACAGCAGGUCGUUCAUGCACGCACUGGACACAGGACUGUUCACUGUGGGAGCUCCACACACAGGAGAUGAUGAAGGUCCUGAUCCACCGGAACAGUUCACCGCCAUCAAGCUCUCAGACUCCAGAAUAGCUCUGAAGUCCGGUUACGGUAAAUAUUUAGGGAUAAACUCGGACGGCGUUGUGAUCGGACGCUCGGAUGCCAUUGGCUCCAGGGAGCAGUGGGAGCCGGUGUUCCAGGAUGGUAAAAUGGCUCUGCUGGCAGCGAACAGCUGUUUUAUUUCGUACAGUGAGAGUGGGGAUAUCGUGGCCAAAAGCAAAACCGCUGGUGAAGAAGAGAUGAUCAAGAUUCGCUCGUGUGCCGAGAGAGAGGAGAAGAGGAACGACGACAUCGCUGACGAGGACCGAGGAAACGUCAAGAGCUGCGAGAUCAACUACGUGAAGAAGUUUCAGAGCUUCCAGGACAGGAAGUUGAGGGUGAAUGAGGAGGACAGCAGCACGCUGAAGAAGGCCAGGACUGAAGGGAAAUUCCACGAGACUUUACUGGACAGGAGAUCCAAGAUGAAAGCUGAUCGAUAUUGCAAGUGACGCAGGAGGAACUUUUCCAUCUUUUUUUUUUAUUUUUAUUAUUAUAUUUUUUUAUUUUAUUUUUAUAAUGUUUCCAUGUUUAACAGUGAAGUGAGACAGGAGUCUGUUCUGUAAAACUCUGUAAAAAUUUAAUAAACAGAAAACAUCCAAACAUGAAA